ACGGGCGGCGCCGGGGCAGCCACAGCGGCCGGCGGAGCGCGGCGGCCGGCGAGAGGAGCUGCAUAAGAUGGCGGCGGCGGGAGCUGAGGCGGCGGCCGAGGAGGAGAAGCGGCUGCCGGAGGGAGAUCCCGAGUCGGGCGGGGACUCGGACGAUGAGGGUGACUCGGACUCGUCUGGAGACGGAGAGGAUGAGGAGAAGGAGAACGAAGCCGAAAUCCAGCGGCUGGAGGAGCAGCUUUCCAUCAAUGCUUUUGACUACAACUGUCACUUGGAUCUGAUCAAGCUGCUCCGGCAGGAGGGAGAGCUGGUGAAGCUCCGCAGAGCUCGGCAGAAGAUGAGUGAGCUCUUCCCCCUCACUGAAGAAAUUUGGCUGGACUGGUUGAAAGAUGAGAUAAAAAUGGCUUCAGAGAUCUCUGAGAGAGAAAAAGUUUAUGAGCUGUUUGAAAGAGCUGUCAAAGAUUACAUCUGUCCUGAAAUUUGGCUGGAAUAUGCUCAAUAUUCCAUUGGAGGCAUUGGUCAGGAAGGAGGCAUCGAGAAGGUCCGGUCCAUCUUCGAGCGAGCUCUGACAGCCGUGGGGCUGCAUGUGACCAAGGGCACGGCCCUGUGGGAAGCCUACAGGGAAUUUGAGAAUGCCAUCCUGGAAACAGCACAGCCAGCCCCUGGCAGCAUUCCAUCCCCAGAGCAGCAGCAGGUGCUGUGCAGCCAGCUCGAGAAGAUCCACACUCUGUUCCGGCGCCAGCUGGGGAUCCCACUGCUGGACAUGGAGUCUUCUUAUGCUGAAUAUGAGGAGUGGUCAGAAGAGCCCAUUCCAGAAACAACAAUAAAGAACUACAAAAGAGCUCUACAGCAGCUGGAGAAGUAUAAACCCUAUGAGGAGGCACUGCUGGGUGCUGAAACCCCAAAGCUGGCAGAAUACCAAGCUUACAUUGAUUUUGAAAUGAAAGCAGGUGAUCCAGCUCGGAUUCAGUUGAUCUAUGAGAGAGCUUUGGCUGAGAACUGCCUUGUCCCAGACCUCUGGGCACGCUACAACCAGUAUUUGGACAGGCAGCUGAAGGUGAAGGAAUUGGUUUUAUCCGCUCACGACCGCGCUGUCAGGAACUGCCCCUGGACUGUUGGGCUGUGGAUUAGGUACCUGCUGGCCAUGGAGAGGCACAGGGUUGAGCACAGCAUCAUCUCUGAAAUGUUUGAAAAAGCUCUGAAUGCAGGUUUUAUUCAAGCAACAGACUAUGUGGAGAUCUGGCAGGCCUACCUGGAUUACCUGAGGAGAAGGGUGGAUUUUACGCAAGACUCCAGUAAGGAGCUGGAGGAGCUGCGUUCUGCAUUUGCACGAGCUGUGGAGUACUUGAAACAAGAAGUAGAAGAAAGGUUCAGUGAAAGUGGAGAUCCAUCCUGCACCAUCAUGCAGAACUGGGCAAGAGUUGAGGCCCGCUUGUGUAACAACAUGCAGAAAGCCAGGGAGCUCUGGGACAACAUCAUGACUAAAGGAAAUGCCAAAUAUGCCAACAUGUGGCUGGAAUAUUACAACCUGGAAAGGGCCCAUGGGGACACCCAGCACUGCAGGAAGGCCCUGCACCGAGCAGUGCAGUGCACCAGCGACUACCCCGAGCACGUCUGCGAGGUGCUGCUCACCCUCGAGAGGAUAGAAGGAACACUGGAAGACUGGGAUGCAGCUGUUCAGAAAACUGAGAACAGAUUGGCUCGAGUGAAUGAACAAAGAGCAAAGGCUGCUGAGAAAGAAGCUGCUCUGGCAAAGCAGGAGGAGGAGAGAGCUGAGCAGAGGAAGCAGGCAAGGGCAGAGAAGAAAGCUUCCAAAAAAGCCAAAAAAACCAGGAUUGGGGACAAGCGCAAAGCAGACGAGGAUGACGAGGGUGAAUGGGGACAAGAAGAAGAGCUGCCCAGCAAGAGGCACAGGGGAGAGGGUGAUGGAGUGCUCCCUGAAGAAGACAUGGAAGUGGAGACUGGGCUCUUUGGGAGAAGUGAAAAGCCAGAUGGCCCAGCAAUCCCAAAGGAAAAAGCAUCCACCAGCCGCAAGGACAUCCCCAAAGUUUUCCACGACAGCAGCAAGGAUAAAGUCACUGUGUUUGUCAGCAACCUCUCCUACACCAUGGCAGAGCCUGAAGCCAAGCUGAGGGAGCUCUUUGGGAGCUGUGGGGAGGUCGUGGAGAUCCGAGCAGUGUUCAAUAACAAGGGCACCUUCCGGGGGUACUGCUACGUGCAGUUCAAGGAGGAGGAGGCUGCUCGGCAGGCCCUGGCCUUGGAUCGCACGGCUGUGGAGGGCAGGCCCAUGUUUGUGUCCCCUUGUGUUGACAAGAGCAAGAAUCCUGACUUUAAGGUGUUCAGGUACAGCACUGCCCUGGAGAAACAUAAACUCUUUAUAUCUGGUUUGCCAUUUUCCUGCACUAAGGAAGAGCUGGAGGAGGUGUGUAAAGCACAUGGGAAUGUGAAGGACAUCAGACUGGUCACCAACAGAGCUGGAAAACCCAAGGGCCUGGCUUAUGUGGAAUUUGAGAAUGAAGCCCAGGCCUCUCAGGCUGUGCUGAAGAUGGAUGGGCUGACAGUGAAGGACCACGUCAUCAAGGUGAUGAUCAGCAACCCCCCACUCCGGAAACUUCCUGCCCGGCCCGACACCUUGCCCUCCCUGUCCCUGACACCACGGCAGAUUUAUGGAGCGCGAGGGAAGGGAAGGACACAGCUCUCCAUGAUGCCCCGGGCGCUGCAGCGUCAGAGCAACCCCGUGGCCAAGGCUGAGAAUGGGAUGGUCCAGAACUCACCAGCAGCAUCCUCUGACCCUCCUGCAGAGCCUAAAAAGAUGUCCAAUGCUGAUUUUGCCAGGAUGCUCCUGAAAAAGUGAGCAAGGAGUGUGCACUCAGCGGGUCUGGUCCAAUGUGAAAUGCCUUUCUGGAAGCCAUGUUGUGUCCUUAAGCUUUGCCAGGAGAGAACUCCCAUCCCAAUUCCGUGUAAAUACUGGACUGCUGCGUUCCUCGGGAUCAGUGGAGGAUGGCACAAAUCCAGGUGGUGGUUUAUUUUGUUUUUGUUGUUUUUUUUUUUUUCCUCUGAGAGCAAAGAGUUACACUUUUGUUCUGGUGAAACGGCGUUAAUGCGAUCCCUCAUAUUGAGGGUAACGAGGGGGGGAAACAUUUCCUGCUCAGCUCGGAUGCCACAUGGAGUUUUUGGAGUACUUUCCAAUGAUUUUUCUCUUUCAUUAAAGAAUGAGAUGCUAUGGGAGGACCUCAGUAAGCUCCACUGGUCAGCUCAGAUUGGGAUUGCAGUCAUUCUCUCUGCCAACAGCCCCAUUCUCCACCCAAACCCACACACGCAGGGACUGUCAUCUCCUUCCAUAUGCAGAAUCCAACAGCAGAUGCUCCAACUUCACCACAAUGGCCUCUUUUGGUAUUGGGAGAGUUUCUAUACAUAUGUGUGUAUAUGUAGAUACACAGAUAUACAUAUAUAUGUAUCCAGUUCCUGUUCUAUCCCAGUUGACCUGUUUUUUAUAUGGUGUAUUUGUAAAGGACAUUGAGAUGAUUCUUUUUAAGUGUCAGGAGCUGACCCUUAGGUGGUAAUUUUUGUUUCCCAUGAAGCUGGACGUGCUGUUGCUGAGGACCAGGUUUUUGGUUGUUUUUUCCUAGCUAGCUCAUGUCUUUCUGCUGGUGGUUUCUGUAUGGUUUUGUACAACUGUGAAGUGCAAGCUGACGUUUCUCAGUUUAUUAAACUCAAGUUCUCAAAGGUUUUCUAUAAAUACUGUUGCUUUUGUUUAAAUGUGGGUGUUGGAACUGUACUUCUCCUCUGGCAGCUGGGUGAUAGUGAUGUACCUCACCUCUCAGGUGUGCUCAGUGUCCCUCAGGCCUUGAAGCAGCUCAUUCCAUCUGCUCUGAAUAUCCUGAAAUCACGUCAGUCAUCACCUCAGACUUUCCAACAGUGGUGUGAUCUUGGAUAGAAACAUUCCUGCUUGUCAAAUACCCUGGAAGUCACUACCCAGAAGGGUGGAUGUGAGGGGGGGACCCCAGUGCUGAGUUCACUUGGACCACACAAACACUUGCUGCAAAUAAAACACUAUUUUCUGUGCUGAUUUCACUUGGCUUUACUUUGAAAUGAUGACUGCUCAUGUUGUCACAUUACUGAGGGAACCAGAAUCUCUCCCGUGGCCUUUCCUCCUCCACAACCACUUAGUUCCCCGCAGCCAAGUGUGCUCUGAGAACAGCCUCUUCCAAACCAAGAUUUUCAUAUUAAAAUAGUUUAUUAAUCUGUUACUAAAAUAACUUUUUUGCCCCCCACAGAGCUCUAAAGUGCAUUAUUUAUACUCAGGUUGCACUACAAAAAUAACAUGCUUUGUAAGGACAAGA